UAAGAUUUAUGAUUGAUUUUUAUUAAGAACUUGUUGAUUACAACGUUUACUUGUGUAUUGGUCAGGGAUCGGUUCAGGACGAUGGUGAACGUGAUGGGUGACGCUCUGGCCACAGGAAUCAUGGCACACAUAUGCAGAAAAGACUUCGUAAAGGAGGGCGAGGAGAUUCCUCUCAUCUGUGAGACCAAGCCCAUGAUCAGCAUCCAGCAGCUGAUGUCCUAUCAGAAAAACGGCUGCUUCCUGUCCCCUCCGCCAGGCCCCAUGAGGAAACCCGAGCACCUGUCGCCCGACGUGGCCCGUCUCAUGCAGCUGGAGGAGGGCAUCAGGCCCCCUGACAAGAAGAAGUCCUCUCAUCUGUCUCCACACCAUUACAAACGAGACUAUAAAGACAAAGACCACUGUACCAUUGACAUGAAUGGUCUGGAGACCAAUGUCUAGACUCCUUCACAGACCAAAAGCCGUUCUCUUGCUCUACCUUUGGAUUUUGAGUGCGUGAGAAUGUCUUUGUAGGGAAUUUCACGACGGGAAGCUGAAGCGAUCGGGGGCCGGUGAAUCUUUGGACAUGUGAAGGGGAUUUGCCAAACGCUGUUGACCCCUGGUUGGCUGAGCUCCUCGCUGAAGUGUGUGAGGAAAGAAUGAGUGCUGUUGUCAUCGUGUCCUUUCCCUGCGAUCCGCAGGAGAGAAGAACAAUGCUCUUCAUGGACAGCUUGGCUGUGGGAUGUGGAUAAAUGUUGUUUUAUUCUGGUAUGUU